AUGCGGCUAUUGUAUGCGUAUUUGCGUGUGUUUGUGCCUAUUUGUGAUUUGAAUUCACACCAUCCCUAUCGUAGCUCGCUUUUGCAUUAUGGGUAUGGAAAUGAUGGGUCAGUCUUGCAUAGAGCUGAGUUUUUUGUUGAUACGUUGGUGAAUUAUUGGUUGGUUGAUAAUGAUUUCUCGCCUUUGAAUAUUAACGUUUGCAAGUCAUUGGGGUUGUCGUUUAAGUUGAGGUCGGUUUUAGGGGAGACACCGCCAACUCCUAAUUUAGGUGACGUUGUGAAGUUGUUGGUUAAGUUUUUGAAUUUGAGUGCGAGUGCAGUGAAAGAAGGGAUUGAACAUUUCGAGAGUCCUACUUGGAGUAGGGUUUCUUCGGGUUCAUUUGAUGUGAAAUCGAAGGAAUUGGCUGCAUCUGUAAAUAGUCCUAUGCGUGUGGUUGGGUCAUGGAAUGCUUGGAUUCAGAGGCCGGUGUAUAGGUUUAUCUUGAGGUCAUUUCUAUUUUGUCCUGUGGGGACUUCGAUUAAGAAUGCUUCACAGGUGUUCUCUGUGUGGGUUACUUAUUUGGAACCGUGGAAGAUUAGUUUGGAUGAUUUUGCAGAACUUGAUGCAAUUACAGAUGGGUCAGGGAAAGAUGUGAAGAAGGAAGAUGGGAAGAAUAUAUAUUCGUCUUCAUGGAAGGGUUAUCUACUGUCCAAUUAUCUGUACUACAGUUCACUGGUUAUGCAUUUUAUUGGGUUUGCACACAAGUUUAUUCACACUGAUACUGAAAUGAUAGUCCAGAUGGUAUUGAAGGUGUUAAAAAUACUGACAUCAUCUAAAGAGUUGACUGAUCUUAUAAAGAAUGUUGAUACCUCUUUUCAUUCACAACAAGCUGGGUCUGGCAAAACAAUGCUUAGCAGUUUACAUAGAUAUGCUCCUUUAAUUCGUGAACAGUUGCAGGAUUGGGAAGAUGGUUUAUGUGAGAGUGAUGCUGAUGGAUCUUUCCUGCAUGAGAAUUGGAACAAAGAUUUAAGGCUUUUUAGUGAUGGAGAAGAUGGUGGACAACAGCUACUCCAGUUGUUCAUACUGCGUGCUGAAGCUGAGUUGCUAGCCAAUUCUGGUGAUAAUUUUGCACACAACCUUCAGUGUAUAGAUUCAUUAAAGUUGCAGUUGAGCUGUUUAUUUGGUGACCAUACUGUGAAACAGAUCUCAUUUACUCCAGAAGUAAAACAUGAGCCAUUGCGGGAUGAAAUCUUUAAGCCCAGAAGAGUUUUCAACCAUGAAUUGCAUGAUGUCAAAUACAAGGGUGACUGGAUGAAGCGCCCCAUUUCUGAUGAUGAGGUUGCAUGGUUGGCAAAAUUUCUUGUAUGGCUAUCAAGUUGGCUGAACGAGAAUCUUGGGCUGGGGCUGUAUCAAGCAGAGGGAAACAAUGUUGAUCCUAAAUUGUCAUUUGUGGAGCUCCCAAGUGAUGCAGGAAAUGUGUGUGGAUCCACCGAAACCAUGAAGAUGGCAUUAUGUGCUGUUUGUUCUUGGUUUUUGAUGUUGGGUGCUACGGUGAUGAGGCUAAUGAGAAAGCAUGGUGUAAGGGUGAACCUCAGGAUGUUAGCAUCAAAGAAGAUUGUGGUGGUUUUGCUCGUAUGUGCUGUAUUCAGUAUGUUGAAGAUUGUUGUUGGAGCAAGUCAAGUGUAG